UACAACAAAAAACUACUCAUCAGUACCCCUUCACUGACAAAACCAUUAUCAUAUUAUUUAUCAAAUAAUAAUUAGUAUUAUGGCAUCAGAUCUCGACGCCAUUCGUGAAACAGACUGCUCUGUUCUUGGAAAGCACAUGUGGCCGGAGCUGUUGGGAAAGGACUCGGAGACGGCAAUUGCAACAAUAAAGAAGGAGAAUCGCAAAGUGAGACAAUGGGAGGUGGUUAAGGAAGGGACCAAUGUGGCAGAAGCGUUUGUGACUCAUCGCGUCCGCAUUUGGGUCGAUGACUCGGGAAUCGUGGUUCGCGUCCCGACUGUCGGUUAAUAUAUACAUUGAAAUUCAAUUCAUAAUUAAAUAAGUUGCAGAAUUUGAUACUCCUUCCAUCGCCGUCGGGAGCAUGUUAAAUAUUCAUUCUUCAUGGUAUCGGAGCCCUAAUCUUUCACGGCUUCCCUUCCCCUUCUCCUUCUUGAGUUUCGGCCAAGCCCCCAACCCCCCCUCCCUCGUCGGAUNCGGAAUCGGAAAAAGUUCAUUUUCCGGCGACUUUGAUCGGCGGGCGGCGGCGGGGCGUGGAAGAAAAGAAAAGAAGAAAUGGGGUCAAAUUGAAAAUUUUAAAAUAUAUAAAAUUCGAAUUUGGCCCUAAUGACCGGAAGUUAACCUAGAAACGGGCUAAUGGCUCAUUAGUGAAAGGAUUGUGUAAGUUCAGGGAUUUUUGUGAAAGGA